ACAGACAGCCGGACAGCCUGCCCCGCCCCCGGCGGGACCGCCUGACUCUGUGACCUCGAGCUUGUCCGCUGUUGGGUCUGGGGCAGCGACUCUGCGCUCACCCGUACCUUCCUCCCCCAGCCUCUGCCUGUCUCUGUUCCAACCCGGGGCCCCAGCGCAAGUUAGCAAGCUUAGGCAGCCCUGAACUGCAGCCCGGGCCAGGGUAGCCAGCGUUCAGCACCUUUCCCUGUGACCACACAGUGCUCAUCAGAUCUGCUAUGCUUUCCUGAACCAGCAGGCACUUGAGAGGCAUCCUAAGGUACCGGUUAGGUGAUCAUGACAGACAAAGCCAUGAAGGGAGGCGAUUGCAGAAAUCCAGGUAAGAAGACUUCAGAGAUGAGUUUGAGGAAGUAGGAAGACAAGGCUGAAUCCUCGGGUGGCAAGUGAGGCCUGAAGCCCAGGCAAGACCCCCACCCCUGCCAGGAUGUCAGGCCUGGUGUUGGGGCAGCGGGAUGAGCCUGCAGGACACCGGCUUAGCCAAGAGGAGAUCCUGGGCAGUACCAGGUUGGUGAGCCAAGGGCUGGAGGCCCUACGCAGUGAGCACCAGGCUGUGCUGCAGAGCCUGUCCCACACCAUUGAGUGUCUCCAGCAGGGAGGCCAUGAGGAAGGGCUGGUGCACGAGAAGGCCCGGCAGCUGCGGCGCUCUAUGGAGAACAUCGAACUGGGACUGAGUGAGGCCCAGGUGAUGCUGGCUCUGGCCAGCCACCUGAGCAUGGUGGAGUCGGAGAAGCAGAAGCUGCGGGCUCAAGUCCGGCGGCUGUGCCAGGAGAACCAGUGGCUCCGGGACGAGCUGGCCGGCACUCAGCAGCGGCUGCAGUACAGUGAACAGGCUGUGGCUCAGCUCGAGGAGGAAAAGAAGCACCUGGAGUUCCUGAGGCAGCUGCGCCAGUACGAUGAGGACGGGCACAGCAUGGAGGAGAAGGAAGGAGAUGCCACCAAGGAUUCCCUGGAUGACCUCUUCCCCAACGAGGAGGAGGAAGACUCCAGCAAUGACUUGUCCCGUGGCCAGGGUGCUACAGCAGCCCAGCAGGCCGGAUAUGAGAUCCCAGCAAGGCUGCGGACCCUGCACAACCUGGUCAUCCAGUAUGCAGCUCAAGGACGCUAUGAGGUGGCUGUGCCCCUCUGCAAGCAGGCACUAGAGGACCUGGAGCGCACCUCCGGCCGAGGUCACCCUGAUGUGGCUACUAUGCUCAACAUCCUGGCUCUGGUGUACCGGGACCAGAAUAAGUACAAGGAGGCUGCCCAUCUGCUGAACGAUGCCCUCAGUAUCCGGGAGAGCACCCUGGGCCGGGACCACCCAGCCGUGGCUGCCACACUCAACAAUCUGGCUGUGCUGUAUGGCAAAAGGGGUAAAUACAAGGAGGCAGAGCCAUUGUGCCAGCGGGCACUGGAGAUCCGAGAAAAGGUCUUGGGCACUGACCACCCAGAUGUGGCAAAGCAGCUGAACAACUUGGCCCUCCUGUGUCAAAACCAGGGCAAGUACGAGGCAGUGGAACGCUAUUACCAGAGGGCGCUAGCUAUCUAUGAGAACCAGCUAGGGCCGGACAACCCUAAUGUAGCUCGGACCAAGAACAACCUGGCAUCCUGUUACCUAAAGCAGGGCAAGUACUCGGAGGCUGAGACUCUGUACAAAGAGAUCCUGACCCGUGCCCAUGUGCAGGAGUUUGGAUCUGUGGAUGAUGACCACAAGCCUAUCUGGAUGCAUGCUGAGGAGAGGGAGGAAAUGAGCAAAAGACGGCACCGGGAGAGUGGCACACCCUAUGCGGAGUAUGGAGGGUGGUACAAGGCCUGCAAAGUAAGCAGCCCCACAGUGACCACUACUCUAAGAAACCUAGGGGCUCUGUACAGGCGCCAAGGAAAGCUGGAGGCAGCUGAGACCUUGGAGGAAUGUGCCCUGCGUUCCCGGAAACAGGGUACUGACCCCAUCAGUCAGACCAAGGUAGCAGAGCUGCUUGGGGAAGGUGAUAGUAGAAGGACCUCCCAGGAGGGCCCUGGGGACAGUGUGAAAUUCGAGGGAGGUGAAGAUGCAUCAGUGGCUGUCGAGUGGUCAGGGGAUGGCAGUGGCGCCCUGCAGAGGAGUGGCUCUCUGGGCAAGAUCCGGGAUGUGCUUCGUAGAAGCAGCGAACUCCUGGUGAGGAAGCUCCAAGGGACUGAGCCUCGGCCGUCCAGCAGCAACAUGAAGCGGGCAGCCUCGCUGAACUAUCUGAAUCAACCCAGUGCAGCCCCACUCCAGGGUUCCCGGGGCCUCAGUGCCAGCACGAUGGACCUUUCUUCAAGCAGCUGACGUUCACACCCCAACCCCCAUGCUCCCCUCAGCUCCUCACAGCAAUUCCCCAUUGCUCCUGUCCCUUCUCCAACCCAAAUGGGAAGGUGAAGAAGGAGCAGUUUAAACGGAAGAUCGCUGCCUCUAGAGCCUAGGCUCCCUCCUCAGGAAUGCCCCUUUGGAAGGGACUCAGGAUAUGUUCUCUAGUUCUCUACUUUGGAGUCCUCUAGAGUAGCUCACUGAGGCUCCAAGGUGGGUGAAAGGCAGGUAUGCACCUCCAGGGUGUGUCUGCUGCUGGUUUUUCUGUCAGAGGGUUUGGGGCUGGCCUCUUUCAUCCCCUGCCCUCUGCUGCCUCACUUCAGGUCCAUGUAUUUCACGAUGUUUCUUUAAUAAAAGAAUCAGGUAACCUUUU